ACUAACAUAUAUUUAAUGUCUUUGUGUGAUAUGUGCACUUUGUGUGUUUUCUGCGAGAUUUGCAGAAAACGAUUUUUUACGGUAGAAGAAAAUGCCAUAAAAUAAUUUUUGUCUUUCUUAUAUCAUAAAAGAAGCAGAGGUAUCUGAACAGUCUUUGAAAAUAUAAUCGAUCACUUUGAAUUUUCUCCGGGAUUAUUCAUUCGGCAGAUUCAUAUAUUAUUGUACAUAUUGGCAAUUCUAACAAUAAUUCCGUUCAUCACAUUUUUAAUCGUCAGGUCGUUGCUUACUGUUUCGUUGCUUCGCCUAACAAAUGGUUUUCUUUUUCAAUUCAGUUGCGUUCUUCGUGUGUAAUAAAAUUAUUUGAUGAAGUUGGUUGUUUACUUAAGGCACAUAGACAAGUUUGCGUUCGAUGUGAAUUUACUAAAAAUUGUUGGAGAGAAUAUUUAUUAAACGGGGAAAAAGAAAUGAAACUUCAAAUAAAAACUCUUAAUCGAAAAUCAUUGGUUGUGGACAUUGAGCCGUCGCAAACAGUGUAUGAUUUAAAAAAAGAACUCUGUCUUUACCCGGACGUGGGUGUUCAGCCGGAAUUUCAAAAACUCAUAUAUGCCGGCAAAAUUCUUAGCAAUCAGGAUCAUUUAAGUGUUUACAAUAUAGAUACGAACAAAUUUCUAGUCGUUAUGAUAUUAAAACAGCCUUUAGAGAAAUCGCCUCCGCCAAUAAAGGAAAACAAAGAGGAAAGCAGCACUUCAGUCGCUGCAGAGGAGAGCAGCAUUGAAUCUAAACCACCUGAUUCAGAAUUAACGCCUCCCGUAGCGUCCGCUACAAAAGAAGACGAAUGUAAAAUAGCCCCAGUUUCGAAUGCUAAGAAAUCUAAAGAUAAUAGGGAUAAGUUGGUCGAACAAAUUGUUAGCAUGGGUUAUGACGAACCUGAUGUACGCCGUGCCUUAGAAGCCAGCUUUAAUAAUCCAGAACGUGCUAUUGAGUAUUUGAUUGAAGGCAUUCCCGCUGCUCCAUUGGCUGAAGGCGAAAUAAUGGCCGCUGACUCAGAUUCAGAAAUGUCGCCAAUGGACGUAUUCGGUACCGAUCCAAUUUUUCAAAGUUUACGAACUACUGUACAACAACAUCCCGAACUUAUUGACGCUGCCAUUCAGCAAAUUGGUGAUGCAAAUGCCUCCUUACUAGAAAUGAUUGAUUCGAAUCAAGAAGAAUUUCUUGAUAUGUUAAUAAAUAGUCCGAACGAUGAUGAUGACGAAGAUGAAGCGUCUGUCGAGGGCGAAGACGAUUAAUUUUGGAUAAAAAUAAUAAAAAAUUACAAAAAUACAAAGAGACACUAAUAUAAUCAAAUCGAAAAAAGUCUUUUAUGUUAUACGAUUUUUUGAAGUUGUGUUUUCUAUCGAAUAAAACCUCAGUU